AUGAAUAAUCCAGCUGGCAUUUAUCAUUACAGAGAGACUCUUUGUAAUGAUCCUGAUAAGGACUUUGAGAUUCUUGACUAUGUUAGCAUUGAAUAUAAUUCUGAAAGUCUUGAACAACCAACACCUUCACUGUUGUCUAAAUAUAGUACAAGCAACACAGAAAUUGAUAUAAAUAUAUAUGAUAGUUCAUAUGAUAUACAAUUUGAUACAUCAGCAAUCGGGUUAGCUAAGGCAUAUGCCAAUUCGUCAUCAACAACAAUACAAGAACAAGACAAUGAAAUAGAUAUAAAUUGGUUGGCACAAGAUCUUGAUCGAUGCCAUCAUCUUGUGGAGAAACUAUUGAAACAACUUGGAGGGAUUUUGGAGCUGGAUUUUGAUGCGGUAGAUAAAAUUGUUAUGAAAUCAAAGGGUAAUAGUUUAAAUACACUAGAGAAGUUUCUAUCGAUAGAGCAGAGAUUUGUCAAAAAAGAUAUUUAUUCUGUGGACACUAUAAAUCGUCAUCAUGAUGAUUCUGCAAAGUCACUUCAAUUGAUCACGAAAUGGAUAAAUGAGAUAUCAGAGUCUGCUUACAGAGAUAUACAAUGCCUUCUUCUUCAUAAAUUUUUAAAGGAAUACGAAUUCACAUCAAGAAAAUCUAUGGAAGAAAAGGAAACAAUUUCGACAUCACUAAGUUUUUUAGGAGUAAAAAUCACUUUUAGAUUGAAGAAAGUCAAUGUUAGAAAGUUAUCAAAUAGUGAAAUAUAUUGUGAUGUAAUUAAAAGAAAUCCAAAACAAAUGG